ACCUUGGUCAUAGGGCAGGACAUUCUGAUUCUCAGUUAAAGAAGGGUAGUGCCACUUCCUUCUUUCUAAUUCACUUCCACGACCUGCUCUUCGAAAAAGAACUUUCUCAGAUGAGCUCCUCGGGGCUGCUGUGGAGCUGUGCUUCUCAAGAAUCAAAACCAGCCCUGUUACUCCUGAGAAGAGCCCUCGUCUGGCCUCAUCCCAGGGCAGGCCAGGCCUUCAUGCUUCUGUGGGUGUCAGUGCUGGUCCUGGCUCCUGUCAGUGGAAAAUCUGAAGCUGUGGCCAAACCCGUGAUUUCCCUCCAUCCUCCAUGGACCGUCGUCUUCACAGGAGAGACAGUGACCCUGACUUGUCACGUAUUGCACUUGCACGCUCCACAGAAAAUAAAACGGUUCCUUUGGUACCUCGAGGGGAGAAUGCUACGUGAAACCCCAGGAAACACCCUGGAGGUCCGUGACUCCGGACAGUACAGAUGCCAGACCCAGGACUCGCUCCCAAGUGACCACGUGAGCUUGACCUUUUCUUCAGCGAACCUGAUCCUGCAGGCUCCCCCCUUCGUGUUCGAAGGCGACUCUGUGGUUCUGAGAUGCCGAGCAAACGCAGAAAUCACUCUGGAUACCACGACACUGCAUAGGCGGGGCGAGGUCCUGAGCGUCUCUGAUGAAAGUUCCGACUUCCGCAUCGAGCAAGCGAGUCUCAAAGAUAACGGAGACUAUCGCUGUUCCGGAUUUAAGAAUGGCUGCUGUUCCUACUCUUCCAACACGAUCAACAUCGAAGUCCAAGAGCUGUUUCCACGUCCCGUGCUGACAGCCAGCCUCUCACCAACCGUCUCUGGGAAGUCAGUGACCCUGACCUGCAAGACCCAGCUCCCUCCGCUGAGGUCGGACGUCAAACUCUGGUUCCGCUUCUUCAAAGACGACGACAUGCUGCAGUUGGGCUCGGAAAGCUUUCUGAAAAUCCCGACCCUCACCACGAGGAGCAGAGACCCGCCGUAUUACUGGUGCGAGGCCCAGAGAGGGUCUUCCGGCGUCUGCAAACAGAGCCAGAAAUCCCAGCUACGCGUGCAGAUCCCUGUGUCUCGUCCUGUCCUCACCCUCAGCCCCCAUGGGGCCUCGGUUCCUGAAGGACAUACAGUGACGCUUACUUGUAAAGCCGAGAGUGGCUCCUUCCCAAUCUUGUACCAAUUCCUUCGCGAAGAAGUCGUCAUCCAGAAGAUGGAGCCCACUCAGGGCAUGAAGUCCGUCAUGUCUUUGAGGGCAGAGCAUUCUGGAAACUACUACUGCACCGCGGACAACGGCCUGGGUGCCCAACGCAGCCUGCCCGUGUACCUCACUGUGACUGUCCCCGUGUCUCGUCCUGUCCUCACCCUCCGCCCCGGUGGGGCCUUGGUUCCUGAAGGACAUACAGUGACACUUUCCUGUAAAGCCGAGAGAGGUUCGCCUCGCAUCCUGUACAAGUUUUAUCACGAGAAUAUCAGCCUGGGGAGCAGGUCGGUCCUGUCUGCAGGAGGAGUGUCCCUCCGUGUCACCGUGACGGUGCAGGACUCUGGGAACUACUUCUGUACCGCUGACAAUGGCUUCGGGCCCCAGCGCAGUGAGGCCAAGAGCCUCUCUGUCAAAGUCCCAGUGUCCCGCCCCAUCCUCACCAUCAGGAGGCCCAGAUCCCAGGUUGUGGAGGGGGACGUGGUGGAGCUUUACUGUGGGGCCUGGAAGGGCUCUCCCCCCAUCCUGUACCGGUUUUAUCACGAGGACAACGCCCUGGGGAGCAGCAGGGUCUACAGCAGAGGAGGAGCGUCCUUCAAACUCCCCCUGUCAGCAGAACAUUCUGGAAAAUAUGCCUGUGAGGCCGACAAUGGCCUGGGGGCCUGGCGCAGUGAGACGGUGUCACUCGACAUCAAAGUCCCAGCGUCCCGCCCCGUCCUCACCGUCAGGACGCCCAGGGCCCAGGCCGUGGAGGGGGACGUGGUGGAGCUUCGCUGCGAGGCCCAGAGGGGCUCUCCCCCCAUCCUGUACCAGUUUUAUCGCGAGGACAACGCCCUGGGGAGCAGCAGGGUCCACAGCAGAGGAGGAGCGUCCUUCAAACUCCCCCUGUCCGCAGAACAUUCUGGAAACUACUCCUGUGAGGCCGACAAUGGCCUGGGGGCCCGGCGCAGUGAGACGGUGUCACUCAACGUCACAGUCCCAGCGUCCCGCCCCGUCCUCACCGUCAGGACGCCCAGGGCCCAGGCCGUGGAGGGGGACGUGGUGGAGCUUCGCUGCGAGGCCCAGAGGGGCUCUCCCCCCAUCCUGUACCAGUUUUAUCGCGAGGACGUCCCCUUGGAGAGCAGCUCGGCCCCCUCUGGGGGAGGAACGUCUUUCUACCUGUCUCUGACUACAGAACAUUCUGGAAACUACUCCUGCGAGGCCGACAAUGGCCUGGGAGCUCAGCGCAGUGAGGUGGUGCCACUCAGUGUCAUCGUCCCAGCGUCGCACCCCACCCUCACCCUCAGGGCGCCCGGGGCCCAGGCCAAGGUGGGAGACAUGGUGGAGCUUCGCUGCGAGGCCCAGAGGGGCUCUCCCCCCAUCUGGUACCGGUUUUAUCACGAGGACGUCCCCCUGGGGAACAGCUCGGCCCCCUCUGGAGGAGGAGCGUCCCUCAACCUCUCUCUGACUGCAGAACAUUCUGGAAACUACUCUUGCGAGGCCGACAACGGCCUGGGGGCCCGGCGCAGCGAGGCGGUGCCACUCAGCAUGUCAGGGCUGACCGGGAGCAGAAGUGGCCCCAUUGCUACGGGUGUCACCGGGGGGCUGUUCAGCACCCUGGGCUUUGGGGUCGUGGCCCUGCUGUUGUAUUGCCGGCUCCCAAGGAAAGCAGGAGGAAGGCCGACCUCUGACCCCUCCAGGAGCCCUGCAGACUCCGACGUCCGAGAGCCCGUCUACCACAAUGCACCAGCCUGGCUGGACCUGCAGCCAGUAUACAGCAAUGUAAAUCCUAAAGGAGGAGAAGUUGUGUACUCGGAAGUCCGGAGGAUUCCGCAGGGGAGCAAACCUGCAGCGAACUCGGACUCCGUGUUAGGGCUCCUCCGGACCCACCUGCCCUCCCACGGCCAGGCCGCCAGCCACCGGCCUUCCGACCCCCCGGGCUCGUCUGUCAUCUACUCCCAAGUGAAGGUGGCAUGCCCCUCGGCCUACGUGGCUCCUCAAAGCUGAGUCCACACACACGCCCUGCGUCCCAAGCCAUCCUGGGGGCAAGGACAUCGGCAUGGGGUGACUUGAACGGGUCCAGGCCCCGUCCCCUGGCCUCUGCCCUCGGUGUGACCGGAGCACGGGACUACGGGACGCUGCCGUUUCCCAAGUGACAACUCGUGUGCCUCGCGGUCUCUCUGUCUGGUGACGCGUUGCUCCCCCCCGGGGCCAUCCCGUCCCCUGGCUUCCUUAGCGGGCUUCAGCCACGGUCCCUGUUCUGGGUCCCACUCCCACGCACACGCCAGCCACUCCUAGUGGAGCCUGCUCCUGGACUUCGAGGAAGCCACCUGCCCCCUUCCUGUGGACACCCGUCACCUGUAGAGACCUCCACCAUAGACACCUGCUCCCCCUGGACACCCGCCCCCCCCCGGACACCUGCUCCCCUGCAGCUCCUUUCUUCAGUGCUCUUCCGUCUGGUGGGGCUCUACCAAGUGGGGACAGGCGCAGCUGGCUGUGGACCUCCACACCAUGGGGCUGCAUUUCAUGCCCACCAUCUGCCUGGGACGUUAAGGCCAACCCCUGACAGCAGGAGAGCUUCUCCCCCGCAUGCGGGCCCACACCCCUGCCAGUGGGCUCACAUCCCCUUCCCGUGAGCCCUCUGGUGUGGGUGCAGGAAUGCGUCUCACCUGCACAGAGCUCCUGUUGGGAGGCUCGCCCUGAUCCCCAUGAGGAGACCUGCACAUUCCGACAGAGGCACCUCAGAGCAUCGGGGGGACGGAGGAGGCCCGACAGGUGGGAACCUCGACCGGGUUCUGGGUCAAGAAAAAGCCGCAGGAGAAACUUCGGAGGCGGUUAGGGAAAACUGAAUAUGAACUAUAUAUUACUGAUACUAUUGAGUUAAUAAGUUGGCAUUACUUUAAAAAUAUUUGAAAAUAUCUGAAAUGCCUUGAAGUGAUUCAGUAAACAUUUUUUCAUGUGCA